AUGCCGAUCACUGUCGUUAUAAACGCCUUAAAACCCCUGCCCCUGCCCCAGAUUGUCGCUGGGGUGCUGCUGAAAUAUGUCAACUUGGGGGCUGGAUGGCGGCAUCGUCUGUUUGUCCUGGAGGAUGGUGUGCUUCGGUACUACAAGAUCUUUGGCCCUGCUGCCAUCAAGAUCCACAUGCUUCUGGACUCCCUGCGAGCCAAGGGAGAGAUCUUCCUGGUCGGUGCUGAAGUGAGCAUGCUAGAGAACCGCGAUCGGAGGAGCAGCGCCGGAGGGAAGCAGGGGUCGGGCAGUGGCCGCCUGCCCCCUGCACAGGGCGAGAUCCAUCUCCAGGUGGCUGGGGUGCGGGAGUCCGCAGCCGACUACCGCAAGUUCUACAUCCACACCGGCAUGCAGACGGUGGCGCUGCGAGCCGAGUCUACGGAGGAUCGCUGGGUUUGGAGCGAAGCGCUGCGGGCUGCCAAGGGAGCCUGGCAAGGGCUCACUCCCUCGGAGGCGGGCGCUUUGGCACGAGACAAUGAGGACAGGAUCCUCUCUGGCGACGACGUCUUCCUGCAGUACCUUUCCACCGUCGAAGAUAAUCUUGUGUCCAGGAAUGUGGACUCUGCCGCCAGGGCCUACGUCGCCGAUUUGCUGGUCCAGGAGCACCAGAAGCUGCACCAGGUCUUGGUUGCAGAGGCAAACAAGCGCAGCUCUCUGCUGAAGAGGAUCUACCAGCUGGAGAACGAGAAGCGGGAGCUGGAGACGGCCAUCGUGGUGGAGGGGCGGCAGACCUCAGACAAACGGAUAUCACCCAGCGAAUCUGCUUCUGUCGUGUCGGAUGGGGAGGAGAGGGAGGAGGAACGCGUCAGCCACAUCUUCUGUGCUGACGGCGGGGACGGCAACGAGACGGAUGAUGAGUUCUUCGACGUGGACGAUGCCCAGGGCACUGCAGGGCGGCACUCGCGCGGCAACAGCCUGGCGAGCAUGCUGACGCCCACCGGCUCCCUCCUGGACGGCCUCGAUCUGGAGGCAGAGGUCUCCGCCAAGGAGCCGGGGUCGACAGAGGCCGGCGCCCUGGCCCCGGCUCCGGCCCAGCCUGCCUCCGCCGCGGCGGCGCCCGCUCGGUGGGAGCAGGGCACCCCCGGCGACCCGGCCUGGCUCCUCGCCGAGAAGGGUGAGAGCACACCCAAGGGCAUCCCGCGCCGCCGCGCCUCGCUACCUCCCCCCGCGCAGCAGGAGAAGACCGUGAGCCUCUGGUCCCUGAUCAAGGGCAUGGUGGGCAAGGACCUGUCCCGCGUCUGCCUGCCCGUGUACUUCAACGAGCCGCUGUCGGCGCUGCAGAAGAGCGCCGAGGACCUGGAGUACUCGGAGCUGCUGGACGCCGCGGCGGGCCUGCCCCGCGCCUCUGCGGACCGCCUGCUCUACGUCGCGGCCUUUGCGGUGUCAGGCUACUCCGGCACGGUGGGGCGCGCCGCCAAGCCCUUCAACCCGCUGCUGGGCGAGACGUACGAGCUGGUGCUGCCGGAGAAGGGGCUGCGCCUGGUGGCGGAGAAGGUGGUGCACCACCCCACCGUCCUCGUCAUGCGCGCCGAGGGGCGGGCCUGGUGCCUGGACGCGGACGCGGAGGUGCGGUCCAAGUUCUGGGGCCGGUCCAUCGAGCUGCGGCCCGAGGGCGUGCUGCGCGUGCGCUUCGCCGACGGCGACACCUACGUCUGGAGCAAGGUCACCACCAGCAUCAACAACCUGGUGCUGGGCAAGAUCUACGUCGACCACGGCGGCAUCAUGCGAGUGCGCGGCCUCGACUCGGGCCUCACCGCGCGCGUGCGCUUCAAGGAGACCGGCAUCUUCGACCGCGACCCGCGCCAGGUCCGGGGGGUGCUGGAGAGGGGGGACGAGCGCCUGGACCGCCCCAUCCUGCACGGCCACUGGGACUCAUCCCUGCACGCCGAUCUGGAGGACGGUUCACAGGUCCUGCUGUGGCGCAAGAACCCGCCUGCCAAGGAGCCGACGCGGUACAACCUCACUGCCUUCUCCAUCCUGCUGAACGAGGUGGUGCCGGGGACAGAGGGGCUGGCGGCUCCCACCGACUGCCGUCGCAGGCCCGACCAACACUGCCUGGAGCUGGGCGAGUAUGACGAGGCAAACGCGGAGAAGCAGCGGCUGGAGCACAAGCAGCGGGCGGCGCGCAAGGCGGCCGAGCGCGGGGACCCCAUCCGGCCGCGCUGGUUUGAGCACGUCCCGUCUGCCAAGCCGGGGGAGGAGCCGGCGUACAGAUACAAGGGCGGCUACUGGGAGGCACGGGAGGCCGGCACGUUUGAGGGCUGCCGUGACAUCUUUGGCCCUGAUUGA